AUUCGCAUAUUUUGAUGGUAUGCAUUUUUUUAUCAGAAAUAGACCAUAAAAAUUUCAAAGUUGAAUAUAAAUUGAUCGUUUUAUUGAAAUAAUUCAUCAUGGGAACGUUCAGAACUAGAAUAAAAAAGAAAGGUAAACGAUGGGUAAAGGGCCAGAGCUCGAAUUCGAAUCCAUCCUCUCAUAAAUUCCGAAAUCACGCCAAGAAUAAUUUCUUCAAAGAAGAUAUCGAAGGUCCGACUGUGAGUACUCUAACUGUCGAUUCAUUACGAAGGCACGAUACAUUGGUUGGAUCUUCGAAUCAAUCCCGUGUUACUGGCGAAGAUGGUCGCAGUAUUUCUGAAAACUCGUGCGCUGAUAACGAUGCUCAUUCAUCGUAUCAAAGCACCACCAAGACAUUCGAUACGUUCGCGUCGGAUUGGACUUGUUGCUCGAAUAUCUCUUUCAAUAAGUUAAUAAAUCGUUUCGAUCUGUCAUCGGCUCAUCAUAAAGAAAUGCUGGCCGUUUUAGCUGCUGUGACCGAAGUUAUCAAAGCUAACGGUGGAACGGAGAAUACCACUGAGUAUUUCGCUGCGUUGAUGACUACUCUGGAAGGUAUGAAAUCAGACGAAUUAACUGAUAGCUCCGUUAGCGCCAUUCUGUCUCUGUUAUCGAUGUGUAUUAAAAGUGUACCGAAGAAUAUUCUACAGCUGAAGUUCGCUACUGUUUCGAAAACACUCAUGGAUCAGUUGAAAGUCUACGCUGAUUCAGAUCACAAUGUGAUUUUAAAAGCUUUGAUUGGUUGUUUGAAAGUUUUAUUAUGUGCUCAAGACGUCGCCGUGUGGAAUGAUUCGUCGACUUAUGCUAUAUACGACGCAAUUCUAGCGUUUAUUGUUCACACUAAGAGCAAAAUAAGAAAAUCAGCUCAACACGCAAUCUGCGCUAUUCUGAAAGGAUCCACUUUUAUGAAAACUGAUUCUUCGCUGGUUUCUCAUCCGGCAGCUGGUCAUACUGCUAAACACUGCGUUAAAUUAUUAGAAAGCAGUAGCUCCGUUGGUGGAAUGACUACAGUGUUGCAUGUGCUCACUUUACUCAAGGAGAUCAUUGGAACUUUCCCAAAAGCUCAAGCGAAAACCAGCUGCGAAACAAUUCUGAAACUAAUGACGCUCGGUAACAAUCUAGUAACCUCGUGCAGCUUACAAGUACUCCAUGGAUUAUUCGUUUCACGUCCCAAUGUCGCAAAUUGUCCCCCGACACUGAACGCUCAACUCAUCACAGCCUUAUACGAUUACCAACCUCCGGUCACCGAUACUCAGCCGAUGCUUGCUUGGCUAGCUGUCAUGCAGGAGGCUUUCAUCAACCUGGCCAAAAAUGAUUUAUCACUUUGCGCCUCAAACACGCCGAAAAUUUUCGACGUUUGUGCUCCGGCUCUGUGUUCCGAGCGUAAAGAAGUUAUCACUAAUAGCACCCUAACGAUGAACGCCAUCUUGAAAGAUUGUGUCGCUCCGAUUGCCUCGGAACAGAAUCAACCUCAGUAUGAGACCAUUUUGAAGAAAAUCUUCGAUAUUUUAACCGGUUGCUUGAAGUAUCAGUAUCAUAAUGCUCGGAAACAAGUGCUUUUUUUGCUCGGUACGAUGUAUAAAGUUUGUGGUCAAACGUGUCACGAGUUUAUGAUUGAUUGUCUCAAGACAUUGGCGAAUGAUCGAGAAUCUGAGGAGUUCCAGUAUGGUAACGAAAUAGAGCAAGUUUUCGCUUACGCUAUCGAAACGAUCGGACCUCAGACUAUUAUUAAACAAGUUCCAAUUCAGAUUUGCGAAGAUAAAGAUUCAUUUGAAAUCAAACGCAGCUGGUUACUGCCUCUUUUCAAAGAUCACAUCAAGAACUCUUCGUUGAAAUGCUUCGUCGAUGAUUUCCUACCAAUUGCUAGCGCUUUAAAAGGUAUGAACGAGAGACUCAAUAAGGAGAAGAAUCAAGCCAAAUACGUCAGCUUCGAACUACUGCAGUCGCAGAUAUGGGCUUUAUUACCUAGUUUUUGCGAUCAACCGUCUGAUAUCGCAGCUACAUUUCCGACUAUCGCUCAACCUUUGGGUAAAAUACUAGACUCGAGGAAGGAUCUGAAACAAACCGUACUGGCUGCUUUGAGGAAACUAGUUUACAGCUGCGCUGAUAACGAGGCAGAUAAACAAACAAUGAGCAAAUUCGCCAAAAAUUAUAUUCCUAUUUUGUUCAAUAUCUAUACGACGCCUUGUAAAGGUACAGAUGAAGAAGCUGCCAGGUUCUCUGCCUUCGAAACGAUCAAAGUUUACGUAUCGAUAGCCGAAAGUUCUCUGUUGAAUGAAAUGUUCAAAAAAGCGUUGCAAAAAUUAGAAUCUGAAGAAUGCCAAAAGAAUAAAUUCAUCAAAGAAAGCGUCCUCGACUUGACUAGAUUACUUUUACCGUACCAAAAUAGCCAGUGCUUGAAAUGGCUCUACGAGAAACACAUAACCAAAGUAUUGAACGUAGAGAAUUUCAAAGAAGAAAAGAAAUAUUACAGAUUAUUAGAAGAUCUAUGCGCUUGCGAAUCAGAAGGAUGCUCCGAAUUCAUGAAGAAGAAUGUUCAAACGAUAAAAACCCUACUGCUGAAUUCCCUAUCCAAAGCUGCGAUUACUAGUCGAGGGCCCCGUAUCAGAUGCUUGAUCCAUUUACUGAAUCACGAUUCGAGUAAAAAGACCAUCCUCGAGUAUAUUCCCGAAGCAGUCCUCUGCUGUAAAGAUUUAAAUAAACGGUGCCGUAACUCGGCGUUCGAAUUGAUAUGUAAAAUGGCCGAUAAGAUAUUAGAGCAUGGUGAUGCUAACUUUGCUGCUUUCAUCGACGCUAUUACUGCCGGAUUAAUCUGUUCCCCGAAUAUGAUCGCUGCUACUAUAUUGGCAUUAGCUUGUUUAAUUCAUUACAGUAAAGAACAUCUCCAUAAAGAACAAUUGGAAGCGAUAAUGCAAAAUAUAUGUUUAUUGGCUACAUCAACUACGAGAGAAAUAGUUGGACCGGCUCUAGGAUUCAUUAAAAUGUUCAUGACAGUCUACGAACCUAACUACGUUUCAACUCAACUAGAAGUAAUCGUGAGAACUUUAUCCAGCGUGAAAGAUGAUUGCAAACGUCGAUUCAGGCAGAAAAUGCGCGACAUAUACGACAGACUGGUGAGGAAAUUCGGAGCUUCGACCAUCAUCUCGUUUGUACCAACUCACGACGCUACAACGAUGACCAGACUCAAAGCGUUGAAAAAACUCAACGACAGGAAGAAGAAAAGAAAAGAAAAAGAGAAGCAGAAACAAGCCGAUUCGAAAGACGACUCGGAUGAUGACGAUUACAUGUUCAGUGCGAAAUCUAAACCUAAAACAAUGGAAGAAAUUCUGGCCGAAUGCGACGACGACGAUGACGAACUGGACGACGAUUCGGACGAACCGAAAGAUAAACGUAAUAAAAAGAAAUCUAAAAAACACGACGUGUACUUACAAGAAGACGAAGACGAUAUCGUCGAUUUCACUAGUUCCUCCGCCAAUAGAAAAAUCACCACCAUUCAUCCUGAAGAAAAACAAAAAAUGGGAGAUAAAAUUAAGAAAAAACAGACUGAAUUUAAAACUGCUCCCGAUGGUCGUCUCAUUAUCGCAGAAGAAAAACCUGAAAAGUUACCCAGUACUAAUAAAAUACCCCUAGAAGAUGAUGAUGACAGCGAUGCUGGUGAUGCUGAUAAUGAGAAUAAUCUGUCUAGUAUGCUAAACGAUAUUGUAAUCAGUCGUAAACGUAAGAUGAGUUCGAGAUCGAGCGAAACGUCCGAACCUGCGAAUAAAUAUCAAGCCGGAGGAAGCGGUAUUCAUAGAAAAACCAACAAGAAUCCUAUCGAUAAACACACAGGCUCUGAAUAUAAAUCCAAAAAAGCCAAAGGCGAUGUGAAGAAAAAAGGAAUGCCAGAUCCUUUCGCUUAUAUCCCAUUAUCUCGAAACUCGCUAAACAGAAGAAAAAAGAAAAAAUCUGCCGGACAAUUCAAGAGCCUUGUGAGAAGCGCGAAAAAAGGAGCUGCAGCUGGGAACAAAAAUUUCAAAAGCAAGAAUCGUAAUAAAAAAUGAUAAGUUUUUUUUCUCGAUCGAUUGAUUUGCCUUGUGAUGGAAUUUUUUGUACCUGUUAGCCAUUUGUUAUCGUUGUUAAGUAAAAUUUCUUAAUUUUAA